CAGGUUGCUUUUGCUUCUCAUACUUUUUGUUUUGCAGAGAAGAGAACCAACAGGAAGCUGCCGGUGCCUCUUCAGAGCUUCAGGGAUGGUGACACCGAGUUUAUCCUGCGGUUUGUUUCGGCAGAUCGAGCCGAUCGUCGUGCUGGAGCAGGUGGGCAGCGCUCUGUUUGACACCGCCUUACAGAUGGUGGUGAAAGAGCGAUGCGCCAACAUGACGGAGGAGAGCCAGCAGAAAGCCAUCACUGACUUCUACAUGAUCUACAACCUCAUCAUCAAGCUCUGCCCCAUCAUACCUGCGCUGGCCCUGGCAGCACUCAGCGACCGCGGCUGGAGGAGGGCCCCCAUCGUUGGGCCCCUGAGCGGUUACCUGCUCUCCAGGCUCACUCUGCUCCUGGUGCUCAUUUUCGAUCUCCCGCUCAGGGUGAUGUUUGCAGCCGCGGUGAUCUACGGCCUCUCUGGGGGGUUCAGCGCCUACUGGCCCGGGGUCAUGACUCUGGCGUCUCUGGGCUCCAAGGCGGCUGAUCGCUCCAAGGUGAUGAUGAGAGUGGAGUUGCUGUAUGGGUUAGCUGGACUGGUGGGCAGCUUGGUGUCAGGUCAUCUCUUCCUGCUCUACAGCUCCAGUUUGGGAAAUGGAACCAUCCUGCUCUCUGUGAGCACGCUGCUGCAUCUGCUCUGCCUCAUAUUCUCUGUUGUCCUGCUGAAGGUGAAACAGAGGAGCAGCGUGGACUCAGAGGAAAGCUACCACCUCCUCUCUCACGCCUCCCGUAACGCCCAUCUCAUCAGCACUUCCAGUCGGAUAAACGUGCUGAGUGUGGUUCUUCUGUUCGUGGCGGCCUUCCUCUAUGACUUCGCUGUGGGCGGAGCCAUUGAGAUCCUGGGCUCCUUUGUAUUGAAAUCACCCCUCAGCUGGAAUGCCACACAAGUAGGGUACGGAAAUGCUGCAGGAUUUUUGAUUUUCCUCACCAGUUUCAUCGGCGUCAUUGUGUUCCGAAAAUGUGUCGGCGAUGAAACGAUGAUCCUGAUUGGCAUGCUGUCGUUUGCUUUAGGCAUCUACGUCAUGUCCUUCGCCACCACGACCUCAGUGUUCUACAUAGCGCGUUCUUUAAACCUCUUCGCACUCAUCCCCAUGCCAACGAUCAGGUCUGUGGUCUCGCAGCUGGUCCCUAUGUCCUAUUGUGGUAUGGCUCUCACACUGCUGGAGAUGACCCUUAAAGUGGCUGGCGUCGCCUACAUUCCCACCUUCACCAAGAUCUAUCAAAGCUCUCUCAACUGGCUCCCAGGCUUGGUGUUUUUGAUCUCCAGCAUCAUCACUGUACUUGCGAUGAUACCCAUCAGCAUCGUCGGCUACAUUUCGGCUCAGAACAAGCAGUACGUGAGGAUUCAGGGAGACUGAAGAAGCAGCACACAUACAAGCAGUGAGUUCUUUUCUAAAACAAGCCAACUGGGAAAUGAGACUUUAAGGGAAAUGUUAACAUUCCACUUCCUCAAAUGUUGGAGCUAAAACAGGGUGUUUUUUAUACUUGCCUAAACGGCCUUAAGUAACAUUCAAUGUGGUGUAAAAAGGCCUGCAUGGACACUUAACAUGAGUAAGCCAAACCCAUAUGACAAAUAAAAAGUCGAAUAUUGUUGAAACGAUGUCAAAGGUUCGCGCAAAGGUGGUUUAAUCAGACGAUGACUUCUUGUUAAAAAACAGAAGUGCGUUUUGAAAAAUGCCUUAUGUCUGCUAUUUUCAACACUUUGGAGAUCACCACUCAGAGUAUUGCAUGAGGUCACCUAAUGUUUGCCUUCAUUACGCUCUCCUUUCGCCAUUAGUUUUAUGUCGUAAACCAGAUUUCAGCAGCUUUUUGCUUUGUUUCCCUUUUUAGAUUUCUUCAUUGGAAACAUGCAUUACAGAUAGGCAGGAGUUGGGAAAAGCUAAGGUGAUGCUGUGUUUUAUUUAAACACAUAAACUUCCUUGGGUUCCUUAAGCUGGAAUUCUGGUCUGGGCACAGCAACAAUUAAAUUCACUUUUAGUCAGAAGAAACGUGGGAAAAGAAAACCACCCCUUUAAACCUUAAUCUACCUAAUCUAGCUAUAGAGGUCCAUGUUGUUACAUGUUUAGUACAUGAUGACUUGGUGGAAUCAGCAUCUUGGGGAUCGUAUUCUUAGGUAUAGAUUAAUAUAAACAAAACAUGCGGAAAACUGAGGCCAGUUUCUGAUCUCUGGUUUCCUUAAACUGACUUUUUUUUUUUUUUUAUCCUCCUGUCACACUAUUUAUGUGAGGACGUUGAAAAGUCAAAGUUAUUACAAAGCUGAUAAUUCAAGCUGUCUUCUCAUAUUGGCACAUGAUAGAUUAAGCAGCACUGAUCAUCACAAAAUUCUUUUUUUUUUGUAUAUAAUCCUAAGAGAAUUUUAAAGCUUUACCUUUCCAGAAUGUAGCCAAUUAUGUUUGAAAUUGGCCGCUCACACUGAGCCUGGUUCUGCUUGAGGUUUCUUCCUGUUAAAAGCGAGUUUUUCCUCUCCACUCUCGCUACAAGCUUAGUGUGAGGGAUUGCCUUAGAGUCAAGGAGUCGAUGCAAUCGACUGGUUUUCCUUAGAUAGAAAACUUUGAAUCAAUUUGACUGUAUGAUUCUGGUGAACUGUAAAGUGCCUUCAGAUGAAAUGUUUUAUGAAUUGGUGCUAUAGAAAUAAACUGAAUUGAAUAAAUUGAAUUGUUCUAAAUUGCAAAUUUUAAAGACUGAGAUUUAUAAACUCAAAAGGGAAAAAAUGAACAACUUUAUUUGUACUUGUAGGUUUCAGCCUACCUGCUAAACGUUGGGGUUUAUCUGGGAAAACAGCAGCUUUGUGAUUUGUCUGUUUUUUAUUGAACAAAUCCCAUUAACAACCCCCAGCCAGAUAAGGGCUGCUAAGGUGAUCUGUUCAUUUAGGUACGAUGCUUUCUCUGACUGGAGCCUUAUUUCCUUUUUCUGUCAUUUUCAGAAGGCAGGUCAUCAAUGAAUCCUUUCUGAUCUCAGGCCAGUUUCUCUUUGCAGGAUCGAUUUUAGCUAUUAGGAAAUUCAAAUUACAGGAAAACCUCUGCUUCACAAAAACUAAAGAUUUGAUGUAUGGAUCUAGAGACAGAAUUAAUAAUAAGGGACAAUAAUGACAUCAUAUGCUGGCAUAUGAAGCUCUACCCAAAGGUUAUUUCAGUUUGGUGAAUCCAAACUAGUUAAGACACAUAUUCUAUGUUUGUGUUAAUUGAAACAUUUAUGGACCUUUUCAAACAAGGUAUUAUGACUGCAUCUUUUAAUGGAUUUUUUUUUUUUUUAAACAAAGUUAUCAAAUAAUAUACUUUGCUUUUCUGCAACACUUGGUUUUUUAAUAGUUUACAUUAAUGACAUGCUUUUAUUCUGACAUACUUGUGCUUUUUAGGUUCGACUUUUUAUACUUGAUCAGUUUGCACUUAAGUUAGGUGAAAGGGAUUAUUACCUCUUUACAAACAUAGGCGUAAGAUUUUUCUAUAAUCAUAUGGACGUUGUUGAAGCGUUUAAAGAUUUUUUAAUUAUUAUUUUGUUUAUAUCAAGUAUUUGUAAUUGCGUAAGUUUACUGAUACACUACAGAAUGUUUUUACUGUUCAUGCAACUGCUGUAUUUUUACACAUUUCUAUGUAAAUAAAAGU